UAUCUCCCUUUCCUUUCCUUCUCUUUCACCUUCUCCGGCUCGGCGGCUCUGACGAUCAGAUCAGAUCGGAGGAAAAAAUCACAUCAUCAUCAGAUCUGAUUUUCCCUCCUUCCCUUCCCAUCCCCACCUCUCUUCCAUAUGCUCAUUCACUAGCCCAAUACGAACAAACCCUUCCUUUCCGCGCCUCUUCUGCUUCGAUUCCUCUGAUUUACAGUCCGCCAGCCUCGUCGUCUAAUUUGGAUUUUUGAUAAAAUCUUGUAGAGGAGGAAUCUAUUGUUUCAUGGAUUCGGAUGAGUUUCGGGCGAUUCUCUCGAGAUCGGGCGUAGACGUCUGGGGUGUGAUUGAGGCGGCGAUUAGAGUCGCCGGCUCGGACUACGGCGAGGAGUUGCGCCGCCGGAGAGACGGAAUUGUUGAGCUGCUUUACGCGCAGCUGUGUCGGAGUUGCGGCGGAGCCAUCGACGAUCAGGAGAACGCUUUUCGUAAUCGUGGGGACAAUAAUAUUAAUAACAACGGUAUCGAUGAUGUGGAGAAUGAUAAACACAACCGCUUGAGCAAUAAGAAGUUCGAAACCAAUGAGUUGAAACGCGGUAGCAAUUUCAAUGAGGAUUAUGGUAGCAGUCCGUUGACUCCGGAGUCGAACAAUCGGAAUUUCAGUGGUGGAGAAGAAGGUGAGGAAUUGGCUCCCUACGGAGGGUUGUUUGAUGAUGAUGAGCAGACAAAAAUUCUCAGCAUCAAAGAGCAACUUGAAGAUCAAAAUCUGAGUGAAGAUGUUGUUGUGGAAUUGCUGCAAACCUUGGCAGAUAUGGAUAUUACCUUCCAAGCACUGACGGAAACUGAUGUAGGAAGGCAUGUGAAUCGAUUGAGGAAGCAUCCAUCGAAUGAUGUUCGCAUAUUGGUGAAGCAGCUUGUCAGGAAAUGGAAGGAAACUGUUGAUGAAUGGGUCCACGUGAACGAACAACCACAAACAGCAUCAAACCUUAUUGCUGAUGUAGACUCACCUCAGCAGAGCAUGCCCAAAAAUCAGCAAAAUGGCCAUCACCAGGUGUCGCAUAGUGGAUACUCUCCCAAUCCUCGGAGUGCCGAAAGGAAUCAUGCUGAACAUGACAUAAAGCCUAAACCUUCCCCAUCGAUACCUCGAAGAGAACCUGCUUCGAGGCCACCACAAUCCAUUCCUAAAUCUGCACUACCUCCUACAAUUAAUAGAGCACAAAGGGAGCCUGUCCUGGAUGACGAAAGACUGAAUUCAGCAAGGCGGCGUCUUCAGGAGAACUACCAAGAAGCUCAGAAUGCCAAAAAGCAAAGGACAAUUCAGGUGAUGGACAUUCACGAGAUCCCGAAGCCAAAGAAAGCUUUCAUUCCCAAGAACAAAGGCAGCCUUCAGGGGAGACAUCACUGGUGAAUGGUAAUCUAUUUUUGAUGGUUUGUAAUGUUUAAUUUACGUGCUACUGUUGUUUUCUGAUGAAUGGGGUGACUUUGCCCGAAGGCACUUAGUUUCACCCUUUCUGCAUUUCGCCUUUAAAUUAAAAGGACAACUUUCAUAGUAGAUUAUUUGAGUUAACAACACCAAAUAAUACUCUUAUGUAUUCUUCAUACAUGUGCUGGCUGAGGUAGAUUGGGUUUUUUCUUGUUCGAUAUUGCCAUGGAUUUGGUUGGAAAUGGCUUUACAUGACACCUUA